AUGGACGAUGCCAUGGAUGUCGACCAAGAGAUGCCGGUUGAGCAACCGAACGGGUAUCAGCGUGCUCAACGUCGAGCCUCAAUGUCGGAACAAGAUGAACGGCAAAGGCGGGCAAGCAUUAAGGCAAUUCUUGCGGAUACAAGUAUAUCAGCAGUCGAGCGAAGACGUUCGAUUCAGCAUUUGAUGGAUGGGAGAAGGAGCAGUAUUGGGGCAUCCUCUGCGACAUCCAGUACUGCUACAGGUGAAUCGAACCCAUAUGGAUAUGGCCCUCCCACUGAUUCAAACCCUUAUGGCUACGGGGAAGCAGAACCACGGUCAGCAAACAAUAGUGAUUACGGAUACGAAGAUCCCACCAUCUGUCGUCCUGUUUCCAAUGAGAACACAAAGAGAGCUGAACUAACUCGCCCACGUUGCGCUCACUACGAGCGCAACUGUUCGUUGGUGGCGCCUUGCUGUGGUGCAGUCUUUGGUUGUCGGAUUUGCCAUGACGAAAGUCCUGUUCUUCCGCCUCUCUUGAUUGCAAAACAAGCGCAGCAAGCUGGCGCCCGGCGGCAUCCAAGAAGUUCUUCCAUGCCUGGUAGUUUCACAAGUAUGGCCCCGCAAUUGCCAGAAGAAACGCACCACAACAUUGAUCGAUUCGCUGUUAAGGAGGUCAUUUGCCGCGCCUGCUAUACAAAGCAAAGUUCAAAAGCGAACAAUUGUUUGAGCUGUGGUGUACAAUUCGGGGAUUACCAUUGCAGUACAUGCAAUCUUUGGAUGUCGAACGAUGAAAAACCAUAUCACUGCCCCGAUUGUGGGUUUUGUCGUGUUGGUGGGGCAGAAAACUUUCAGCAUUGUCAUGACUGUGGGAUGUGCAUAGACAAAAGCUUGUACUCAAACCAUAAUUGCAAAAGUGGCAAAUACAAGUCCAACUGUCCUGUCUGUCAGGAGUACCUAUUUAGUUCAAGAAGUGCUUCGCAUGAAAUGCCUUGUGGCCAUGCAAUCCACUGGGAGUGUUUUCGACAACUUGCAGCGCAUGACUCCAGAUGCCCCGUCUGCAAAAAGACGGCAGAAACUCGGGAACGGAUGAUGCCAACAUGGAAUGCAAUGGCUGCUGGCGUGGCCAUGCAACCUGUGCCUCCAGAGCUAGCUCGUGUUGUCAAUAUAACAUGCAAUGACUGCGAAACGUCGGAGGAUGCAAGAGCCUGGCACUUUCUUGGGGUUCAGUGUCGGAAUUGUUCCUCGUUUAAUACGGUUGUAGAUAGGAUCAUUAUGACUGGAGAAGAGGCACACGAGUUCUUGGAAGCUUUACAAGCCAGGCAAGACCUGAAUGCAACUGAGGAUGGAGACCAGAGGAUUAGUCGACGCCGCAUCAACAGGAGGCGCUCUCUAUUCUAG